GAAUGCCAUCAAAUGUGAGCUGUUUAAAUUUUUCGCGACAUCCAUAUUUAUGUGAGAAUAUUGACACGGGAGGACGGCGUGAGACAUUUCCCUGAAGCUGAUCUCCACAGACAGCGGACACAGAGAUGAUCCCAUUAGCGCUGGCUGCCGCGGCACAUGCUCAGUUAUGCUUGUUGAAGGGGAUCUCAGUAGGCUGUGCGUGAACACUGAGGUCAUCGCCUGCGCCGAGGAAAAAAUACUCAGCGCAGCCUCCAUUUUGAGCAGUAUGAAAUAGAGGAAAGCGUAGUUUUGAGCCGCCGCCGCAGAAAACAAACUGUAAACACUAGCGAAACAGCCUCUGCCAUGGACGACUUGUUCAGUCCGCGAAGGCAGCUGAACAGCACACAAGGAGAGAUUCGGGUGGGACCAAGUCACCAGGUAAAACUACCUGAACUUCAGCCACCACCUGCUCUGGGAACAGAGUCUGUUACUGAAAAUGAGGAGCUGGUGUGGGCACCUGGGGUCAAUGACUGCGACCUCCUCAUGUACCUCCGGGCUGCCAGGAGCAUGGCAGCUUUCGCAGGGAUGUGUGAUGGAGGUUCGACGGAGGAUGGCUGUCUUGCAGCUUCACGGGAUGAUACCACAUUGAAUGCUUUAAAUACGCUCCACGAAAGCCAAUAUGAUGCAGCUAAAGCUCUGCAGUGCCUGGUGAAGAAACCAGUUCCAAAACUGAUUGAGAAAUGUUGGUCAGAAGACGAAGUGAAACGGUUUAUCAAAGGCCUCAGACAGUAUGGCAAAAACUUCUUUAAAAUCCGCAAGGAGCUCAUACCUAGUAAGAAAACGUGUGACCUUAUCACAUUCUACUACUACUGGAAGAAAACUCCAGAAGCUAUGGGCUCGCGACCACACCGCCAGCAAAGAAGGCAGCCGGCGUCUCGCAAGGUGAAAACGCGCAACGCAACAGCUGCAGCAAAUGCAACGUCACGCACCUCCUCCAUGGAACUCAGUUCAGCCAGUGAAGAUGACCUGGACAGUGAGGAUAGUGAGCAGGGAGUCAAAGGCCAAGCCUGCAGUCACUGUCUGACCACUAAUUCCAAAGACUGGCAGUAUGGGGGCAGAGACAACGUCUUGCUAUGCUCCAGUUGCCACUCGCAUUUCAGCAAACACAGACGCCUGCCGCCUGUUCCCAAACCUGCUGAUCCACCCUACCUUUUCAAACCCGUCAAAGAGGAGGAGGAGGGGCUUGGCAUCAGACACGGGAUGAAGACCCGUCGAAGUCGGAUGCCGCCACAUAUGUCAUCUCUACGGAGUGGGCGCAAUAGGCCAACUGGAAGUCCUGAAGGGGGCACGUCUCCCAAUCUGGAGGAUGUACGAUCUAAUGGGCAGUCACCCAGAACCAGUUCUACUGCUAUGGCAACCAGGGCAUCCAGCUCUGAUAGCAAGAACGGAGUGGCCGGGAAGACCACCAAGAAAAUUAAAGUAGAGGCUUCUCUAGUAAAGGGUGUGAAGAGACCGAGAGAGGCAACUGCUCCCGAUGCCAAUGAACCAGAAAGAAAAGGCAUGAAACGACCUAAGAGUCAGGAGGGACCCGAUUCCCCAUCAGAAGGCGAGGGUGAAGGCGAGAGCUCAGACAGCCGCAGUGCCAAUGACGAUGGCAGCAGCGACACUAAAGACAUUGAUCAGGACAACCGCAGCUCUUCGCCCAGCCUUGCCAGUCCUUUGCAGGCCAACGAGAGCGACUCAGACUCCCCGGCUCCUCCCCCACCUCCUGCACCAGCCCCACAAGCUCAACCCCAGCAGCCUGCUGCCACACCCACUCCACACACCCUCUCUGAGACACCACCAUCACCUCAGCCCUCUCUACCUGCAUCUUUAUCCGCACCAUCACCUGGAGCACCUACUGCUGCCCCGAAGGCAACAUCCGUAGAUGUUUCCCAAGAGGUUCCAUCUCCUACUGCUUUCAGGACCGGUCCCAGGGGUCCAGAACCUCCCACCUCUUAUUCAACCUCCUCGUCUCAGCAGGUGCAGUGUCCAGUGCCGGGACAACCUUUCCCUGUACCGCUGCCACAUUAUCAACACCAUCCAAGCCAAAUGCAGAAUCCUUCAGCUGGAGCAAAUCAGCCACUUGGGUUUCCUUCCAGGCCUCUACACAUUCAGCGAGAAAGUCCCCUUCCUCCUCUUCCCCCUACAUCAGCUUCCCAAAACAAACCCCCUCCAACCACACCAAUUCCACCUUCGCACAAACAGUCCCCUCACCUUUCUGCUCCUCCGCCCCAUUUCUUGCAGAUCCACCCCAAUUUGCCUCCACCUCCUGCCCUGAAACCUCUCGCUUCACUGCCCUCACAACACCUGCCAUGCUCCCAGCCUCCUCCACUCCACAUAAUUCCACAAAAUCAGUCUUCCAUUCUGACACAUUCGCAGAGCCAACAGGUCAAAAGUCACCCCAGCGGUGCUCCUCCAACUGCGGCCAGUUCUCAUCCACCACCCCCCCAAAACCGCUCAGCUCCCGAGUCCACUGCUCCAUUCUCUCUUUAUCCUUCUUCGGUUCCUGUCGCUGCCCAUCAGCCUUCCACAUCCUCCUCAACAAGCACUCCUGUUGGACAAGCUAAUAUCAAAGAGGAGCCAAUCGAUGAGGAGGAGGAGUGUGAAAGCCCACCUCCCCCGCGCAGGAGUCCCUCUCCAGAGCCGACAGUUGUUGACAUACCCAGCCAUGCAAGUCAGUCAGCAAGAUUCAUCAAACAUCUAAGCCGAGGCUACAACUCCUGUGCUCGCACAGACAUGUACUUCACUCCCCUGGCCUCGUCGAAACUGGCCAAAAAACGUGAGGAAGCUGCUGAGAGAUCCAGGCGAGAGGCAGAGCUAAGUGCUCGCCAGGGACGAGAGAGAGAAAGAGAAAGAGAGAGGGAACGCGAGAGGGAGAGAGAGAGAGAAAGAGAGCGAGAAAGAGAGAGAGACUCUGAUAAAGCAUCUCGUGCGUCUAGCUCAUCUCAUGAAGGCCGCAUGAACGAUCACCUGCUCGCAGCCCAUGUGCAACCAGGCCGCCCAUCAUUCGAACCGCCUCCCCCCACUACAGUGGCUGCCGUUCCACCUUAUCUUGGCCCCGACACGCCAGCCCUCCGCACGCUCAGCGAGUAUGCCCGCCCCCAUGUCAUGUCUCCCAACAAUCGCAACCAUCCUUUCUUCAUGCCUAUUGGUCCAGGUGAGCACCUGCUAGCCUACCACAUGCCAGGACUCUAUGCAGCAGACCCCGCUCUUCGUGAGCGAGAGCUUCGUGAGCUAAGAGAGAGAGAGAUACGUGAAAGAAUGAAGCCGGGAUUAGAGGUCAAGCCUCCGGAGCUGGAGAACCCUCUCCAUCCGUCCGCCAAUCCUAUGGAGCAUUUCGCCCGCCAUGGUGCCCUGCCUCUGCCUCAUGUCGUUGGACCUCACCCCUUCGCCCAGUUCCACCCGGCCAUGGAACGGAAUAUAGCGGGACCCCCUCGACCGGAAAUCAGCUACGCAGAGCGGCUAACAGCUGAACGGCUCCAUGCCGAAAGAAUGGCUUCUGUCGCCGCCACUGACCCUGUUGCACGGCUACAGUUGCUUAAUGUUACGCCGCACCACCAUCAACAUUCGCACAUACACUCUCAUCUUCAUCUGCACCAGCAGGACCAGCUCAACCAAGGCUCAGGGCCUCAUCCUCUGGUGGACCCGUUGGCUGCUGGCCCGCCUCUGGCACGAUUCCCUUACCCACCUGGUGCCAUUCCCAACCCCCUACUGAGUGAGUUACCACAUGAGCACGAUAUCCUGCGCCACCCUCUGUUUGGAGUACCGUUCCAUAGAGAUUUGCCUGGACCCCUGGGUCCCAUGUCAGCGGCGCAUCAGCUGCAGGCGAUGCAGGCGCAGUCGGCAGAGCUGCAGCGGCUGGCAUUAGAACAGCAGUGGCUACAUGGACACGCACAUUUGCAUAGUGCUCAUCUCCCAAGCCAAGAAGACUACUAUAGCCGUCUGAAGAAAGAGGGAGACAAGCAGUCCUGAAAUGAAUGACUCUUACACUGUGGACUACAGAGGGAAUUCUGUGUUCAGGGUAUCAGGGCUUUUAUUUCAGGAAACCCUGCAUGGGUUUAACCCUUCUUUGGCACUUUUAAAAGUUUGACGGACUCUUUUUUUUGUGCUUCAUGAAAUAACCAGCCUUUCGAAGCACAUUGAAUUUGCUUCCCUUGCAUGAACACUACUUAGAAAUCAUUUUUGUCCGAAAUGAACAUCCCAUGUAAUGUUACUGUGCUGAAAGCACGGCACUGUAGAUUUACUAAGUAUUUGACAAGUGCUGUCCAAUAUCCAGAGUUUAUCACAAUUUAGUUUCAAAAUUUAUUGAAACAUCUGUUUCAAGAUUGUAUAUAUAUUAUAUGUUUAAAAUAAUAUAUUAACUGUUGAAUAUAUUAACUGCAAUGAUAAAUUUGGAUACGAAAACCUCCGAUGACCUGUGUGCAAAAGUUGCAUGAUUUACAUACUUUUCUCUGACAGCCUUUUCCAUUUGUACCUCAGAGCUCAUAAUAUACUGUAUAAUCGACAACAGUGAACUCCAUAAUACCUUUAAGCAGUUUAGCUUUUUCACCAUUUGUUGUUGUAUUACGGAUCAAAUGCAGCCCAAGUAUUAGCAUGUUGACUGUAGUGCAGUUAUUUUUCUAUGAAAACAAUAACCCUAACCCUAAUGAGGGAGGACAUAUCCAAAAUAAUUUCUCUACAAUAGACUUGCAAGGGUACAAAUUUUCAAAUGAUAUUUGCAAUAAAACACAAAAAUGCCAUAUUUCAUUGUAACCUAACUACCAGUGAAAUGUUAACUGAGCAUCUGUACUUGUUGUACAGACAAUUUCAACAAUCAGGCUGCUGUUUAAUAAGUGGUGACAGGCCUAAAAGGAAAUUCUCACAAUAAAUAAAAAUUUAUUGUAAACACAACAGAGAGAGAGAAAGAGAAUUUUUUUGACAGUUUUAUAAAAUACAAGCAUAUUGUUGUGCACUGUUAAACUGUUAAAAGAACAAUAUAAAAGAUGAAAUGGGGUGCCACUGCUUCAUAUGUUCAAAAGGAGCGUUAGCUGUCAACCAUUAUUGUAGAAUUUUUUAUUUAUUAACCCAAAACUGCCAAAAAGUCAUUAUUUUCCUCAAAUAAACACUAAAUAUUUGUACUAGCAUUUUAUAAAUUAUAUGGAUAUAUUUAAUGGGAAAUACAUUCUCAUUGUAGUAUCCAUGUCUGUAUGUAUUCUUAUCUUGACAUGCACAGUGUUGUCUAAAUGCAGUUACCCUUAUAGUUAAAAAUGUCAUUUUGAUUAAUUAUCAUGAUUACAAACCACUCGGAUCAUUAUUAAUAUUGUCAUGUUUUUCAUUAAUGGCUUUUUUGGUAUGCAUUUUAUUUUUUAAAGCUGUUUAAAGAUUCCUAUCACACUUAAGGUUUGUCUUAAAGGGACGGUUCAAAAAUAAAAAUAUUGCCAUCAGGGACUCAUGUUGUUUCAAACCAUAUGGUAUAGUGUCGUCAGUUGACCACAAAAGCACAAAACGGACCACAUCAGUCACCAUUCACUUUCAUUGUAUGCUACAAAAUGCAAUGAAAGUGAGCAGUGACUAAGGCUGUUAGGCACUAUCAGAUGUCAAACAAGAAAAUGAUGCUUAAUUUUUGAGUGGACUGUACCUUUAACAACCAGUGUGAUAGAAAGAUUUGACAUUCGGCAGCCAUCCUUAUGGAAUUUCUGAUACCUACUAAACUUCCAGCUAUAAUUUAUGUGCAAACUGUUUCUUCACUCAACCUGUAUGUUUUUUUAAAGCUUUGGCAGCAUGAUGUGUUUGCAUUUAUUAGAUGCAUUUAGAGUGAUUAUCAUUAAAAAUGUUGUUUUAUAUGUACGCCACAAAUUUAUUUACGUUCAUGCGAAUUACAUACAUAUGUAUAGCAGAGCUUGAGUCUUGAACAUGACAGACGCAAAACCUACCAGUUGUCACUUCUGGUCAUAUCAACCUAAUAUCUAAAGCAAUACAUGUCUUCUAACAAGUGUUUGUAUGGAAAACUCUGUUUGCCCUUUGCUUUGUAUUCUUUAACAAAAUUGUCCUUUGAUAACUUAUUUAUUGAUUGAACUACUGUUUUGUAACAUGGGCAUAUUAAACAUGAAAAUAUUAGACUGUUAGGAAAAAAACACCUAAUAUGUGUAUUUGCUAAAGAGUGUUUGGUGUGAAUUUGUGCAAAAUGAACCCUUUCCUGUACACUGGCCCCUUGUGAGAACUCCUGAGAAAGCUCUAAUAGUAAAUUUCUAUGGUUCCUCCUCUUCCUUUAUGUAUCGCCGUAAGUACUGGAUGGCAGAUAUUGCGCUCACGUUUGCGAGAAGAGCUGAGAAUUAAUAGAACGACAAAGGAUCAUGUUAAUUUUAUGUGCUCAUAUUAUCUGAAUAAAUUGCCUAAU